AUGAAGCCUUCAACUGCUUGUUCGCUCGCCGUAGCUACCGCCCUCACGCUGAUGAGCGGCGUCGUCGAGGCAACGGUGGUCACGACCUGCAAGGCGGCGGCCGGUAGCGACGGCCGCGUGAACUACGACUUCUGCGUGGCGGAGCUGGGCAAACACCACGACAGCCCCAGCGCGGAUACCUGGGGCCUGGCCAAGGUGGCGGCCCUCACGGGCGUCGUUAACGCCGACAACGCGGUCUACGACAUCGAGGCCCUGCUGGCCAAGCACGGCACGGACGACGGCAGGGCGCGGGCAGCGCUGGGCCAGUGCCAGGAGCUGUACGACGGCAUGGGGUUCGCCUUCGCCGAAGCGCACGACGACAUCAACAGCCGCGACUACGCCGAGGGGAAGGAGAAGGCCGGGGAAGCCGCGGCUCUGGCGCACCGGUGCGACGACGCCUUCGCCAAGGCCGGCAUCCCAGUCACGUCGCCGGUCACGCAAUACAGCGACUACUCCGUGCAGAUAGCUGCCGUAUGCUCGGCCAUAACGAACCUCAUCGAGUGA